CCUCCCCCCCCUCCAAUCCUCCUCUCCUUUUACUCUGCAAUAGGUGGGCUUGAGAAUCAAACCACCUAUUUAUCAUCAUGGAUGGGGAUCUCAGUCUCUCCCAGUCUUUGGGAGGACUACGCAUUGCCAACCCUGAUGAUGCUUCGUUGCAUUCGUCUGAAGAUGCAUCAACACCUGCCGCCGGCGCUGCUUCAAUAGCAGACUCCGACCUGGUACGCGAUCCCGCAACCUCCGAACGGCCAGAAAGUGCCUCCUCUACCUAUCUUCCCCGACCGUCAGCACCUCCUUCGAGCUCCGAAGUCCAAGAAGCCCUCGCCGCGGUACAAGUCGAGCCCUCAACGAGGACCUUUGAGAGUCGGAGCUCGAUAUACAGCCCAUACUCAGACCCUGCACAGCCGCAACCCUCGCAACCUUCACAAGCGACGCCUCAAUACUCCUCCUAUGUGCCUUCGCAGCAACCCAACCCCGGUCCGCAGUCCUCCUCCCGUCCACUCUCCUCAUUCUACGCGAACGGGUCCACCUCCACUCUGGCAGCUCGCGAAGGCUCAUAUCGAAUUCGGACCGAUUCCGCCGCGUCUUCCGCCUCUGAAAGUCUGGCUCGGGCGGAGUCUCGCGGAGGCUCUGCGGCCUACCAAGCGGGUGUCCCCAUACGCGAUAACAAUCACAACGAUCGGUCGUACCGCACGGCACAAUUACCUCCCGGAAAUACACCAAUGGUCAUGCGUCAACCCUCUCGCGCCCACAGGGGUCCGUCGACUGGUUCCCCGUAUGCCAUGGAGAAUGGUCCCAGCUCGAGCAGUGAAGAUUGGCAAGAUCGGGGUGCGGCUGUUGCUGUACGGCAGGAAAUUGACGCCAACGGUAAACCGGUCGCGCGUUAUAUUAAAAAGGGGGUCCGCGAUUUCUCGUUCGCUCAUACGCUCGGGGAAGGCUCGUACAGUACCGUCGUAUUGGGCACGGACCGUCAGACACUCAAGGAAUACGCGAUCAAGAUUUUGGACAAGCGACACAUCAUCAAGGAGAAGAAGGUCAAGUAUGUCAACAUCGAGAAGGACACUCUCAACCGACUCACCGAACACCCGGGUAUUGUUCGGUUGUAUUACACAUUUCAGGACGAACGGUCCCUAUACUUCGUCUUGGAUCUCUGCAAGGGAGGCGAGUUGCUGGGGGUAUUGAAGCGCAUGACUACUUUCGAUGAAGAAUGCACGAGGUUCUACGGUGCCCAGAUCCUAGACACGAUCGACUAUAUGCACAGACGUGGCGUCAUCCAUCGAGACUUAAAACCGGAGAAUGUUUUACUGGACGGUCAGAUGCACAUCAAAAUCACCGACUUCGGAACGGCCAAGAUUCUCAAAAGUCAACGGAAACCGAGCCCGAACUCCAGCGGGAUGCCUCCGCUCGAUGCGACCGAAAUUCCUGAGGAUGAACGCGCGAGCUCUUUUGUUGGCACCGCAGAGUAUGUCAGCCCGGAGCUCCUGACAGACAAGAAUGCAUGCAAGGCAAGUGAUCUGUGGGCCUUUGGCUGUAUCAUCUUCCAACUUCUCGCGGGGCGGCCUCCUUUUAAGGCUGGAAACGAGUAUCAAACCUUCCAAAAGAUCGUCGCGCUCGAUUACGAGUUUCCUCCCGGGUUCCCUGCGAUCGCUCGCGAUUUAGUCGAACGCCUGCUGGUACUGGACCCGGCGCGUCGUUUGCCGAUCGAGCACAUCAAGAACCACGAAUUUUUCCAGGGCAUCACCUGGGGUCCGGAUCUAUGGAAGCGGAAGGCGCCUCGUCUCAAGGCAUACGUUCCGCCCCCGCGCGAGCCCAUUAAGCUCAACAACGGCGGCAAUGGUGAGAGCUAUCCCGCAAGCAUCAAUGCAGCCUCCGUAAGCAAUAACGCUAGCCAACGGGUUGUUCCUCGACUAGUGACCGAACUCCCGCCGCCGAGUCAGCUGGACAUCGAAUGGUCGCCCGUACUGACGAAAACCAAUGAACGGAUCCUCAAACUCGGCAACCUGGUCGUUUUGUCUUCUCCCGCUGCCCACAGUCCAGUCUCAAAGAAUGGCGGUGAAUACGAAGCGCCUCGGAAAUUCUCGCGAUUCUUCGGUGGCAGCACGACCAAGAAGCGUCAGCGCCUAGUCAUGGUGACCUCCUCUGGUCGGAUCAUCAUGGCAGCAUCUGGCGGCGAUGAGAAGAAAGCGAAGUUGGAACUGUCUCUUCUUACUCCGGGCACAACAUAUCGGACCUCAACAGACGCUAAGGGGACCUCUUGUUGGGUAGUGGAUACGCGUGACAAACAUUAUGUCUUUGAGGAUCCCAAGCCGUCAUCUGGUAGCGUAGGAACGACCGCCAUGUCCACUCAGGAGUGGUUGGAUACUCUGGACCGAGCCAAAGAGAUGGCUUUGUCACAACAGGGGAAUGGCUCAUAUUCAGAUGACGCCUUCCGCGACCUGUCAUCCGGCUUGUCUAGCCAUGCUAAUACGUUGGACCGGAGCUCAGAACUCCAGCAAGAAAGCGCACCCACGGGCCGUGCCACUUUGGUCAAACAACCACCAACCGAUACGGAUUCGGUUAAAGGGAAGAAGCGAUUCAGCCGACGCCAUUCGAAGAACGGCCUUGCGGCGGUCUUCUAGGCCCUUCUCACGUACUCUUCUCUCACUCAAACUUCAUUCCCCGAUCUCUUCUCCAUCACUUUCUCUCCAUUCCCUGAAAAGUUGGGAUGCUGUCCACUGCGCAGGAUCGCACACAUAACUCUCCUCUUGUCUUUGGAACAUAACUCGUGCGCGUGUUUUGCUUGAUAUCCCUGAGUGUUUCCCGCA